CACUGUCACUGGGUUAUGGCACAUAGUUGCAACAGUUCAUGGUUCAGCUACUAUAUCUGAGCAAAUGGGGUAGAGAAAAUCCAUUUAACAUUUCUUUACCAGAAGGAGAGGAGUUGAACAGACAUGACAAUGUUAACAACAUGCAGGGUUGGUUCCAAAAACUCUUGAAAUCAAGAGUAUCAUUAUCAACACAAAAUGAACAACAAGUGACCAGUGUAUCAACAUCAACUUCAGUUACAUAUUCAUCCGGUUCUUCAUCAUCAUCAUCAUCCACAGAGACAGCCUCUUCUAGACCAAAAAAGCUACACUCUGUUCUGAACUCACAGCUGAGAUGGAGACGAAAAUAUGACUUGCUUGUGUGCCAUAGCCUUGCCGACAGUGACAUUGAAGAAGCUAAACGCCUGGUCUCUUUCCUGGAGGCAUCACCCCGCGGCCUUAGGUGUUUUCUAUGGCAGAGGGACGUCUGUGUAGGAGGUGCAGUUUUCACAGAAUUCUGCCAGGCUGUGCAGGAGAGCCACUUGCAGGCUCUGCUUAUCACUCCUAACUUCCUGGAGGAAGACUGGUGCAAGUAUAUGAUGCACCAGGCUCUGGCGGAGGGGCCUAUGUCCAAUCGGCUGAUUCCUCUGAUACAGAACCUGUCCCACUCUCAGUACCCUCAGGAACUUAAGUUCUACUUCUACAUUAACCUGAGCAGUAACGCUGACCAAGGUUAUAGUCUAAUCAACAAGACUGUAGUCACUUACCUGGAAGACCUGGUUAAAAAGGAGAAGACCCAUGACUGCAACAUGGACAGCUCUAGCAAUGGAACAAGCGGGGAGGGCAGCUCACAAGAAGACAAACUGAUCAAACAAUGACCCCGCUGAGGCUUCAAUUCCGCUGGAAGUUAUGCAGAAGAGAAAUUGAAGCUUUAAUGAUGUUUACAGUGAGAAUGAUCAACAGUAAUUAGAGAAAAUGUUGAAGGACAAGACGCUUUGAUUGGAAAAACACUGCUGCUAUUGACUGAACUCGAUUUUAGAAAUGUUUUCAUCACAUCAUGUUAUUAUUAAAAGGAAAGUUAAGCUACAGUGUUGUUACUUAGACUUUUCCUCUUUUUCUCUCUCCUUUGUUGUGCAUAAUAAACACUGGGUUUGUGGUAAGGAUGUUCAUACUGUGAACAGGAAAUAUGUUAUUCCAAGCAGCACAGAGCUUAUUUCCUGUAUCAGAUCUA